CUUUCAUUCAUCACCCGGACUGCUUUUCUGCUGCUGACCCUCUUCAUGCCAUUGCUUCCAGGAAUAUUUGCUAAACGAGAUAAACAAUCUGGUCCUCGCACUGCACCAUCCAAUUUAAACGUCCCAACGACCCCGACUUCCAGAGUGUCCAUCUCGAGCGGCACCCUAACCUCUUCAGAACCAGAUUAUGUCUUUCCAGACAAGUUUCUAAAGUUUCUUCCGGCCGCAGCUUAUGCCGGUCAAGCAGCAGCAUCGUCGAGCAAGCUAAAGUUGCCAUUCCGUCGGAGACAAGCACAUCAGCCACAUGUCGCAGGCACUUCCACAAACGUCUUUUCUCUCAACGAUAGCCCGCCACGCGCACACAUAUCUGGUGUAGCCUCUGAAUCAGGCCACGACAUCUCGCCUCCCCCACCAAAACUGUCCUUUGGUAUAUAUCACGAUCCCAGCAUUAAUUCCACACAUUCGCUUCCUCAUGAAAACACGCGCCGUCAAUCUCCCCUUGAUACCCCUUCCGUCGCACGGCAUGAGAUACACAGCGCACCUCCGUCUUCGACGACGACGCCACCUAAUGUAAAAAAAUCUGGCGGGUUGUUCUCGUGGGCUAGAGAGCGUACUAAAUCGAAACCUGCCCUGCCACCGGCAACUAUUGCAGCUCCUCCCACUCCAAGUCCCUCACCGAAGGAUAACUUUAAUUUGAAAGCUUUCCGCCACAUUCGUUCCGAGUCCCCUCCUUCUCUAGUCGAUGUUUCAGAUACCGAACUUCCGCUUCCUCCUGCCCGGCCACGGCCGCGCGGGGACAGUGUUGCUUCAGAAUCCUCUCAAAAGAUAUCUGUUGCAGCAUUUCGUGAAGCACAACGCCGUAGCCGUGCAAAUUCCCCUGUACCUUCAUUCCGACUGCCUUCUUCCAUCGAUACCCUCCGUGUUGAAAAUAUAUCGAGACAGCGGGCUUCUACGGUUUCAACGCCUACCGGAAGUGAACAUCACCUACCAUUUAAUCGUAAUUCGAGUGCGCCCCCGCUACCCAUCUCCGUUAACCGGACUUCGUCCGUUUUGGACACUAGUACUUCAGAGUCGGAUGAUUAUGAUGAAGAAGUGGAUAGUGAUGGGGUGCCUAUCAAGCCUAGUCACAAGCGCGCUGUGACUCCUCGCCCUGGUCCGCGCUCGUGGUCCGAUGCGGGGCAUGUACCUGCUACAUCAAACGCUCAGACUCAACGGCCAGAUCCUCCGAGAUGGUCAAAAUCGGACAAUGUACAGUUACGGCAGCCUGACAAUAUGGCUGCCGUGCGAGCGAGAGCAUCUGUCUCCACUAGCGCUCUCACACCCAACGCUGCUGCCCGUCGUGCGUCGACUUUAGCUGCUGCAAACGCUUCUGCUGCAUCAUCAGAGAAAUCUUUGCCAUUGCCUUUGUCGCCAAGGGUAGCGAAGGAUGAUGACUCGGAUACUUCGUCAGAUUCGGAUAAUGAUUCUGAAGACAUGCCUCUGUCCGCGCUCGUUGCACCACGCAGACCGGGAAGUUCUGCAUCCAUAUCCACCAACAGAUCCGCUGGCUCGCGGCCUCGGAUGCCCGCAAAGCCCCUGAUUGAUAUCAAAUCACUCGUAGGAAGUCCUCCGAUGCUCACGCCUGUACUGAGGCACGAGCAUUCAGUGAAAAAAGCGUCUACAAAGGGUAAGGAACGUGAGGUGGGCAGGGACGAGCCCUUUGCUCCUCCCCCUGUCAUCAGCUUAACGCCGAGUCGCUUGGCUGAGAGUCCUGCUCCGGUAACUCCCCGUUCACCUUCGGGUCCAGCUCCUAAGAUUUCUUCCCCUACUCGCCAUAAGAAGUCAAGCAGUGAUGUUGGGUCUAUCCCUCGGGCAUCCUCUUCACCAACCGAGGUUGAUGAUGAUUUGAUAGACGCCAUCAGACUCGUUACUUCCUUUGAUCAAUCACGAGAUUCCUCACAGUCGCCUACACAACCAUCCCAACAAAACAUCACUUCACCACAUGUCGAACGUUUGUCAGAUACUGAUGAUAAGCCAGAAUCCCCUCGUGACGACCGCAUCGUGCCAACGCCUGUCAGAGAGUAUAAACCACCAGCUUCUUUCAGCGUCACCUCACGCCCUCCGCGUCGAUAUACCACUGAUCUCUCUCAGGCAGUAUCACCAGUUUCGCCGACAACAACGUUCUCCACUGUCUCCAAAAGAUCUUCUUCCCCACAACGAUCUCCUUCUCCUAUCAAGUCUUCAUUCGCUCCUCGUUCUCGUGCAGGCAUCCUAGCUCAGCAGCACAAUGUACCAUCAACUGACAAGUCAGAUGCUUCAUCCGUCGUCUCAACUUCUCGGUCCUCACGCUCUUCUCGUGUCCCACCUGUCCCUCUCAUCACCGCUGUGCCCGAUUCACCUUCUGUGAAAGCUAGUUGGGGGUCUUCGAAGGAUUUAUACAAGACACGCCCUCCUUCGACGGCAAGUGUGAUGGAUAGCAGAAUGUCUCAAUCGCCGUCAGGCACGCUUGUCUCCCCUUCCUCAAGGCCUAGCAUGCCCGCAGUACCACAGCCAUCCAGGUUGCAAUCGCAGUCACUCAUGCCCUCCCGCCCCUUCGCCAGUAAUAGUUCUUUACGAGGCGAGAGCCCCGCCGGCAGCUCAACAGGUGACUCUAGCAGUGGUCUUGGUGCGCCGUUCACUCCUCGUGAUGGUAGUGAUAUCGGGAUGAACGCUGGGCGGAGGGAUGAUAGCGAUGUGGACUUGACGCUCAAGGCGCGCGGGCCGAAUGCAAAGCAGUCGACUGUGAGCUUCAAGGAUGAUCCGCCGCGUGGUCGUGAGAGGGUGAAGAAUGAUGCUGCUGAUGAGGAGAAGCGGAAUGAGAGGAGACGGAGUGAGGCGAGGUCUGCUAUUGAGUUCGGGAAAAUCGUCAAUGGUCGUGGACCCAUUGUGCACAAUGGUUCUGACGAUGAUCUCGUGCCUCAGCAUGGACAGCGGAUGAGCAUUAAUCCUACGAUGGGCAUGGAUGGCACGAUGCCUGGGAUGAACGCUCCUACGUGGGGGGCGUGGCCGCAGCCCAUGCCGACAGGUAUGGGACCUAUGAUUGCUCCUCAGCUCAGCCCCGACCAGAGCUUCUUCGUUGCUCACCAGCGUGCGAUGAUGAUCGCGAAGCAAGCGUACCAAAUGGCAGUGGCUCAACAUGCGAUGACAUUAGCCGGAGAGGAGUGGGAACGAGGAUCCAAUAUCGGCGGCGGGUCUGUGUAUGGAGGCGGUGGAGGUAGCGUGUACAGUGGGAUGGGAGGAGGCGGGGGUGGGAUGGGCAUGCUGGGCGUCCCUGGGAUGAGCAUGCCUGGUAUGAUGCCGAAUCAGUGGUCCACAGGCUCUGUCAUGUUCCCUGGUCGGAUCGGCAGUACGCAGAGUGAGUUCGGAGGAGGGUCGAGGAGUGUGUAUGGGGAGUCGUUUGGCCCAUCAAUGUCCUCCCGUUCGAGCUACAUGUCGGCUGGGCAAGGCGUCCCAAACAGUGCUGCAAGUGCUUAUGGAGGAGGACCCAGACAACGCGCCAAGACUGGUGCUUCUCAACCUUCGAAUCUGCAACUACAGACGCCUGGUAAGAAUCCCGGACGAAAAGCCGCUCCCCCGUCGAGCUGGAAGAACGCCCGAUAACAUGUCGUAUGAUGAUUUUAUGACGUUCAUCCAUUUU